AAAAAUCUAGUCGUCCGUGAUUGAUAGCGCUUUAUUAUUAAAAUGGAGGAUUUGAGUUUCAGGAAAAGCGUAUUCAACACACCAAAUUCCUCUAACGGCAGAAUUCCAGUGGUUUCUCCAUGUCCGCCUUCGGCUUUGAACGAUUUCCACAAAAACCAGCCGAAUUUCGACAUUUACAGUACAAGUCAAUCCAUUCUUUACGGCAGCAAAAACAUACCCGUUCAGCUCAGAAACGACUUCAAACCAUACUGGAAACUCAUCAAAAUCUCCUCGCUGGUCAUAAUAUGGAUGGUUCUCAGUUACGCCCUGAUGGCGAAUUCAGAAAAAGAUAAAAAAAAUUACCACAUAACCAUAAAAAACAACACGCCAUCAGGAUUCGUUUUACACGAAACACCAAAAGACAACAAACUACUGGUUAUACUGAAGGGUAAAUUGCUACCCCCUUACUAUGGCUACCUUACAAAUCAGAAAGUGAACGUGUGGGUGGAAAUGGUGGUUCUGAAACCACCGGUAAAUGGCCGGUUACCAAAAAGCGAACGACAAAGCAUUUCGGACGUUUGGAGUAUCCCGGUGGCCAAUCACAAUCUAACAAAGGGAAUCGAAGUUCCCAACAAUGCUUACACUAGAACCUUUCACCUGCUACCGUUCCAAUACAAUUACACCAAAGCCACCGUGCUGAUGAUGCAAUUCCAAACGGAGAAUCUGACAACGAACUUCACCGUCUCCAUGAAGUACAACAUAAAUCCCACCAAUCCCAAGGACGGCAUCUUCUACGGCCUCUUGAUCCUCAUCCUGCUCUACGGGUUGAUUAUAUUCGACGUGAUUCACAGAACGCUAGCUUCGAUUUUGGCCAGUACCGUAUCCAUAGCAACGCUGGCCGCCUUCGAUCAACGACCCUCGUUGGCCGAGCUCGUUUCCUGGAUAGACAUGGAAACGAUGGUGUUGUUGUUUUCCAUGAUGACCAUGGUGUCAAUUUUCAGCGAAACCGGCGUCUUCGAUUACGCCGCCGUGCUGGCGUUCAAAAAAACCGGAGGGAAAUUGUGGCCUCUCAUCAACGUUCUGUGCCUUCUAACGGCGCUGUCGUCUUGUUUCCUGGAUAGCGUCACGACGCUGCUACUCAUAACGCCUGUCACUAUCAAAUUGUGCGAAGUGAUGAAGCUGAAUCCGAUCCAAAUCCUGAUGUACACGUUGAUAUUUUCGAACAUAGGCGGCGCCAUAACGCCCAUCGGUGAUCCCCCGAACGUGCUCAUAGCCUCCAAUCCGGAAGUCGUUCGACAGAACGUGAAUUUCGGCGUGUUCACCCUGCACAUGGGCACCGGCACCUUGUUCGUGCUCGUGGUGGUCUACCUGCAAAUCAGGAUACUGUACAGGGACAUGAAAUACUAUCGCUUCGACGAGCCCGCCGAAAUCCAAGAUUUGAAACGCGAGAUAGCCGUGUGGGAACGCACAGCGGCGUCGAUGAGCAGCUACAGCAAGGACGAGAACCACGUGAAGGACAGCCUGCUCAAGCAAAUGGUCACGUUGCGGAAUAAAUUGCGGGACACCGUCUACGUGGCGAGCAAUUCCAACGAAGAACUGCCCGACAUCGAGGAAUUGAAGAGACAGUACCCCAUAAGGAACAAAUCGUUGCUGAUCAAGUCCGGGUUGACUCUGUUGCUGGUGAUAAUAGUGUUCUUUUUGAACGGGAUUCCAGCUUUUAGUAAACUAGGUUUAGGCUGGACCGCCUUGUUAGGCAGCAUCUUGUUGCUCAUUUUGUACGACACCCAAGACCUCGAGAGCAUCCUAGCGAGAGUGGAAUGGUCCACUCUUAUAUUUUUCGCAUCUUUGUUCAUACUAAUGGAGGCGCUGUCCCGCUUGGGCCUGAUAGACUGGAUCGGGCAUCAGACCGAAGCGAUCAUAACGUCGGUGGAUCGGGAAUAUCGAUUGGCCGCCGCCACCGUUCUGAUACUGUGGGUGUCGGCGGUGGCGUCCGCCUUCGUCGACAACCUGCCGCUGACGACGAUGAUGCUGAAGAUAGCGACGGAUCUGGCGGCGAACGAGGCGCUGAAGUUGCCGCUGCAGCCGCUCAUUUGGGCGCUGUCGUUCGGCGCCUGUUUGGGCGGCAACGGAUCGUUGUUCGGUUCGUCGUCGAACAUCAUUUGCGCCGGUUUGGCCGAACAGCACGGCUACAGGAUCACUUUUAUGCGGUUCAUGAAAGUGGGAUUACCUAUUAUGAUAACGAGCACAACGGUGAUAACAAUAUAUUUGUUAAUCUGUCACGUUAUUUUGCAGUGGCAUUAAGUUUUUAGUAUUUAAUUUUAAUGAUAAUUAUUUUAUUUAUAUUGUUAAAAAGUAUAUUUAAAAAUUGUUGCUAUGUUAUUUAUCUUUUAGGUUUUUAUUAAAAAAAGGAAUAUGUGAUGUGUGUCCAUUAUCCAAUAUAUUUUAAAUAGAUGUUAAUUGUUAUUUCAAAG